AUGAAGAUUGGGGUGUCCCUUGCGCUCCUGCAAUUCUGGAUUGUUGUGGCCAGCUGCUUGAAAUGUCACAAAUGCCUGAACAGGCAAGGACGCUGCUCCUCGGAUAAUGAGUUGGAAGUCUGCAAGACCACUCAAGAUUCGUGUUUCCUUGAGAUCAAGUGGUUCAUUGGAUUGAACGCAGACAUAGUGAAACAGGGCUGCGGUAGUUCAAACUACUGCCGUCGUUAUCCUGGAGGAUAUAAAGGUUUCUUGUUCCGAAGGAUGUAUUGUUGCUCCACAGAUCUCUGCUUACCUGUGAACCAUAUUGCUCCCAUCAGUAACACUCAGGAGGCCAAUGGUAUGGAAUGUUACAGCUGCUAUGAUCGUGGUACCGGGGAGUGUGCCCAAGGGAAUGCCACCCGGGUCCCAUGCGUGGGUGACAUGAACCGGUGUAUGGAUUUUUCAGUGAUUGAUGGUGCCCAGAAAAUAACCUACCGGACGUGUGCCCUGGAGACACUGUGCAGCCAGCAAUAUGUGGUCCCGCAGCUCUCAGGCAGGGUGGAGAUCAGCUGUUGUUCAACCCCUUUGUGCAAUGAUGGCCGGCCCGGGAUCAAGAGCAUCUGUAGCCACUUUUCAGAACAAGGGGUCAAGCGAAAAAACGAGAAUGGGUUGGAAUGUGCCAGCUGCUGCGAUCUGGGAAAUGGCGAAUGUGACUCAGGAAACUGGACUCAUGUCAAGUGUGUUGGAAACCAGAACAAGUGUGUGAAUGUCACAGAUGGUGGCCAGACGCUGUUGCGCGGCUGCAGCUUGGAGAAGCUGUGCUGGGAGAAGCCACAGUUGCUAGGACUGAGCCAGAACGCCUCCAUCCAAUGCUGCUCUGGUUCCCUUUGCAAUGGCAGCGUGGUUCCAGCCGGAGGCGCCACACUGAUAUACCUGCUGCUGUUGGGCGCCCUGCUCAUUGUGCAGCUGCUCUGAUGUACACACGAGGAUGUGCAGCCUCCAAG